GCGGCGCGGUGCGUGCCGGGAAGCCGCCGCCCAAGAUGGCGGCAGGAUUGAAAAGUUGUUGGUGGCGCUGAGCAGGCUCUGGGCCGGUCGGGAACGGGGUUAGCGCCCCCGGGCGGGUCAUGCUUGCUUCUGCCGGGCACUGAGGCCCCGUCGUUGGGCCUCGCCGCUCACCGGAGGCCGAGCGAGCACGGCCGCUGCGGGGAUGCCCCGGGGGGGGCCGGGGCCGCCGCCGCUGGAGACAUGGAGGAGGAGGGCAAGAAAGGCAAAAAGCCUGGAAUAGUGUCUCCUUUCAAACGAGUCUUCCUGAAGGGGGAGAAAGGGAGGGAUAAGAAAGCCCAGGAGAAGGUGACGGAGCGGCGGCCGCUGCACACCGUGGUGGUGUCCCUGCCCGACCGUGUCGAGCCUGACGUGCUGCUCAAUGACUACAUCGAGAAGGAAGUCAAGUAUUUAGGUCAACUCACCUCCAUCCCAGGGUACCUGAACCCCUCCAGCCGUACCGAGAUCCUGCAUUUGAUUGAUAAUGCAAAGAGAGCACACCAGCUCCCGGGGCAGCUGACCCAAGAACACGAUGCUGUCAUCAGCCUCUCUGCUUACAACAUCAAGCUGGUGUGGAGGGAUGGAGAAGAUCUCAUCCUCAGGGUCCCCAUCCAUGACAUUGCGUCCGUCUCCUACAUCCGAGAUGAUUCCUCUCACUUGGUUGUGCUGAAAACAGCUCAGGAUCCUGGGAUCUCCCCCAGCCAGAGCCUCUGUGCCGAGAGCUCCAAAGCGCUGACAUCAGGCUCGCUGUCCGAGAGCGGGGUGGUUCCUGUUGAAGCUUGCUGCUUGGUGGUCCUGGCCACAGAGAACAAAGUGACUGCUGAGGAGCUGUGCUCUCUUCUCAGCCAAGUCUUCCAGAUAGUUUACACCGAGUCCACCAUAGACUUCUUGGACAGAGCGAUCUUCGAUGGGGCCUCCACGCCGACGCGGCACAUGUCCCUGCACAGCGAUGACUCCUCUACAAAAGUGGAUGUGAAGGAACCUUAUGAAGCUGAAGCCAGCACUUUCUCCUUUCCAGAAACCAUGGAUGCAGGUGACAACUCCCCCUCUUCCUUCUCCACCCAGCAGUCUCCACACAUCAAGACAGUCAGCGAGAGUGAGCUGAGCACCACAGCCACUGAGCUGCUCCAGGACUACAUGAUGACGCUGCGGACGAAGCUCUCGUCCCAGGAGAUCCAGCAGUUCGCUAUGCUCCUGCACGAGUACCGCAACGGGGCCUCCAUCCACGAGUUCUGCAUCAACCUCAAGCAGCUCUACGGGGACAGCAGGAAGUUCCUGCUCUUAGGCCUGCGGCCCUUCAUCCCCGAGAAGGACAGCCAGCACUUCGAGAACUUCCUGGAGACCAUCGGGGUGAAGGACGGCCGCGGCAUCAUCACCGACAGCUUCGGCAGGUACCGCAGGACGCUCAGCACCGCCUCCACCUCCACCACCAACGGCAACGGCGCCGCGGGCAGCUCGGACGACCAGUCGGUGCCCUCAGAGGAGGACGAGUGGGACAGGAUGAUCUCCCACAUCAGCAACGACAUCGAGGCCCUGGGGUGCAGCAUGGACCGAGACUCCUCCUGAGAGGAGCUCCACAGCCGCCUGGAGAUGCCCAAAAGCAGGGGGCUGGUGGAGCUGGAGCAGGACCUGGCCCUUCCUCCGUCCUCCUUAACAGCUCCAGGUCACCUCACCCCUGCUGCUCUGGAUGACUCAGAGGCAGGAGCCUGACCUCCAGCCAGCCCUGCUUGGCUUUUGUUGGCUACAAGCCCAGGAGAUAGGGUGGCUCCAACUCUCUGCCUGGUUUACAGUUUUGCACAUGGUGUCCCUUCUGUAACUGAUCUCCUCCUUCUCCUCCUCUUCCUCCCCAUUUUUGAAUGAAGUUUACCACAAUGUGAAUUAUUUAAACCCAUUCUUGAUGUUCUUGAGAAACAUUUUGGCUCCAGACCCACAGGAGAAGCUGCUGGUGCUAUGGUGGUGGCCACAUUGUGAGCUUAGGCUGCUGCAAACCUUGUCCCCCUCUUUGAAUCUGCAGGACUCCACAAGUCCUCCCUACCACCCAUCUUGGAGCUGAUGGUGGUGGCUUCUGGAGGUCCCCAAGAGCCAUGCUGCCCACCAGUGCCAUGAGAACCUAGCCAGGACCUGCUGUGGGAGUUUCUAGUGAGUGGCAUGGAUGUGUUGUAGAUAUUUUACUUCUAAAGACUUAUUUUUCUAACCCAAGCCUCUGCCAGAGGAACACUCCCAAAGGUGAGGUCCUCUUUGUGGAGGACACCCACAAGGGGACCCCAGUUCUCCUAGAGAGCCACAUGUAGGAGGAAGGAUGGAGCUGGAGGGAUUGAACCCCAAAAGAAGGGAUGAGCCAGCCCCAAGCAGCACCUCAGGGUCCUUCAUGCUGUAAUGGAAACAUCCCAAGCUGGAGGUAUCCAGUGUGGGUGCUGCUGAGGAGGCCAGACACUGGCUCAGCACCCUGGGGACAUCCUGCUCUCUCCUGCACAUUCCUCUGCUCAUUGUCCCCAAAGCCUCCUCAGUGCCUUUAACCCUUCACCCCCCCCAGCAGCUCACAGCUUCACCAUGACCCUUACUGGUGUCUCACUAGCACUGGCCUCUUGGCUGUUCCACUCCAGCAGCCUUCACCCCUCCAUCCCCAGCCAUUCCUCACUUGCCCAGGACCACAUAUUCCAGCCCUUGGUACGACCCUGCAUGGAGCCACCAUCCCACCUGGGGUGGUCCCAGGCACCUCAAAUCCUCCUUCACCUUGAUUUGAGGGGUGAAGUCACACCAGAGGUGGGUGAGCAGCUCCCUGAGGACUCACCUGAGAGUGGAGACAACCCUUCCAACUUUGAGGAUGAUAAACUCCAAAGCAGGAGAUGGGGAGGUCUGAGUGGGUCUGCAAACCCAUGGAGGAGAGGGUUUGGCCAGGACAUCGCUAUCCUGGAGAACAUCACCUGGAAGAAAGCUGAGAUAGAGAACCUCAAGGUUUGCUUCUGCCAUGAGUUUUUCCACCAUCUGCCAAGGGAAGAUGGAGGUUUCAGCUCUAUUCCUUCUGUCUCCAGGAACUGGGGACCAAGAUUAUUCUUCCCCUUAAGCCUCAGAGGCCCCAAUGUGGUGUGGAGUUGGGACUGCUUGGGAGCUGGGGGUGGUUUUUAGUGCCUUUUGAUGAUUUGGAGAUGAAGAACCAAAAUUGCACCUGGCUGUUGGAGCUGAAGACUUCAGGAAGACACAGCUGUCCCUGUUUUGGGAUGAUUGUACAUGGAGAGCUGGAAACCUGGAGCCAGGACAGCACCUGGUGGGAUUGAGUUUCUGUUGCUUCAGCCAGAAACAGAACUUCGCUCUGGAAAGAAGCUGAUGGAGUAGCAAAGAUGGCAGCAGCUGAGGAGGUUCCAUUCCACCUCCAUAUUCUCAGCACCAGGGGACAUGGGGCAGGGUGGCCUUGGUGGCCCUGGGGAGGUUCUGGCUGUUGGCGCGUUCUGUACCGAGUCUUUGUUACAGGGAAAUAUAAUCCUGCAGCCCA